CUAAAUUUAAAAAUGACUGAUAAAAUAGAAAAUCACGUUUUAAAGAAGUACGAGGUACUCCAGAAGGUAGGCCAGGGCGCCUACGGUGUUGUAUGGAAAGUAAUCGAUAAGAAGUCUAAGAAGAUAUGAGCACUUAAAUAAGGUAUUUGAUGCAUUCCAGAAUUCCACUGAUGCGCAGAGAACUUUUAGAGAGAUUGUAUUCCUACAAGAGCUAUAUGGGCAUGAGAAUAUAGUUAAACUUUUGAAUGUCAUUCGUGCGGAAAAUGAUAAGGAUAUUUACCUGGUUUUUGAUUUUAUGGAAACUGACCUCCACGCAGUUAUCAAAGCAAACAUUUUGGAAGAUGUACACAAGAGAUAUAUUAUUUACCAGGUUUUAAAAUGAUUGAAAUAUAUGCACUCGGCUGACCUUCUCCAUAGGGACCUCAAACCUAGUAAUAUUCUUCUGAAUGCUGAAUGCCAUGCUAAGGUAGCUGAUUUUGGACUGGCCAGAUCUGUUGCUCAAUGAGAGGAAGACAAAGAGCCAUUAUUGACUGAUUAUGUCGCUACUAGGUGGUUUAGAGCACCUGAGAUUCUAUUUGGCUCCCAUACCUACACGAAAGGAGUCGAUAUGUGGUCAGUAGGAUGAAUCUUAGCUGAGUUGAUGCUUGGCAAACCAAUGUUUCCUGGUGUUUCAACUUUGAAUCAGAUAGAAAGAGUUUUAAAAGUUACCGGGAUGCCAACACAAGAAGAGAUAGACUCGAUGAAUUCUCCACAUUGUACUAAGAUAUUUUCUACAAUCCCUCACAUUAAACAAGUUUCAUUAGAGAGUAUCUUCCCGUCUGCACCUGAAGAUUCAAUUGACUUGAUGAAUAAGCUACUAAAAUUUAACCCUUCUGAAAGACUCACUGUUGAAGAAUGUUUGGAGCAUCCUUAUGUUUCCCAAUUUCACGUAAUAGAGAAAGAACCUGUAUGUAAAUAAAGUGAUAACCAUCCCUAUUGAUGAUAACAAGAAACUGAAGAUUUAUACAGACAUUCAUCGGAGAAAGAAGGAGUUGAGGAAAAGAAAGAUGCUUCAAGAACAAGCUUACCUCAAAAAGAAGAAGGCAGCCAUGGGCUACUCAACUCAGUAUGGAGCAGGAGGAUUUUCUAAAUAAAGAAGCAUCAGGCUAUUCAAGGAAGGAAUCAAAUUAUUCUAAAAAGGAGUCCUCAAUGGGAUACUCCAAGAAGGAGUAUUCUUCCCAUCAUCCUAAGAAGAAGUACUCUUCAAGUAGUUACUCUCGCAAGGAAGGGAGUAUGGACCGUCGUUCCAGACCUUCAACAACUCAUGGAAAGAUGCAUGGUUCCUAUUACGGAUCUUCGAAAGGAGCAGCUGAAAAGAAAAAGUAUUAA